AUUAGAAACCUAUCCCUACUAGAUCAAGCCUCGAUUUCGAUUGGCGGUCGCUGCAAAUAGUUAGAUUGUAAACAAAAGCGCUACGCCCCACACAAAUAUGGCCCUUGAAGCCCUCGACGAUUACUAUAACAUUGAUGACAUAUUGGCAACAAAUGAAAAAAUACCAUGCAAGAUAGAAAUGCCAAUAUAUCGACUAGGUUUCCUGGACUCAAGUUCUAUCAAUGAAGAUCUUAUGCCUGGCACCAAGAUAGAGUUCCCACACUGGAUGGCUCGUUCCUUGUGUAGUCGCAAAAGACACAUGGUCAGUGUUGAGACACCAAAACAGUAUAGAGAGUCAUAUCGGGAGAUAUUAACGGCUGAUGCAUCAGUAGUAGAUCUGCACAAAUUGGGGCCCUACUACUUCAGCUUUGGAACCCAUCUUCUCAAGUUCGACCUGCCAGAGUCACAGGAUGUGGCAAAAAUGCUUGUCAAGUCCUUCCAACAUAGAUUCCGGAAAGUGAUGGACUCUUCCCAGAACAGUUAUAAUGAGGACACAUCAAAACUCACAGAGAAACUGGACGAGUCGGAGAGACUUUUGUUUCGUGCCGGUCAGUUGGGACUCAAUGACUUUAUGAGGUGGGAGACUCGGCAGACAGAAAAACUGGUCACAUCAGAAAUGGUUAAAAAACACAGGAAAAGAAAACGCGCUAUCAUGGAGGAACCUGUUUGAUCUUUGUUGUACAUGUAAUCAACUUUUGUAAUAUGAUUUAUAGGCCGUGUGCUUUUAGAAGAAAAUAAGGUAUCAGGGCUUCCAUUAAAGGAAGUUUGGAAGUAUUUCACUUCCUAAAACGGUGCCAAAAACUUAACAAAUUGGGUCCUUGGAAGUACAAAAACUUCCUCUAUUUUGGAGAAAACUUCCCAAAGUAUAGGCAUGGAAGUUAAGAAUAUCAAAACUUGGUGUCCUUGUUACUUUAUGGCCACAUUUUCAAUAAGUCUUGAAGUGAAAUGAAUUCUUUAAAUACAAUUUAAUGAAGUAUGCAAGUUAUAGUUAUAAAUUAUUUAUCACUUAAAGUAUCUCAUUAGACAAUAGCGGAACAUUCUUACAAGAGUUCUGGAGAGUUCCAGUGGUAUAAACUUCAAUAUUUCAGAGGAAAGCUUCCAAUAUUGGUGUCAAGGAAGUUCACUUCCAGUUUCAAAUUCAAUGGAAGCCCUGAGGUAUUGCCAUAACAUUGGUGUCAACAAAGUGCAAAAACUUGAAACUUGGUUAUAACUCAAAAACUGUUCCAAGAUCUUCAAAUGAAACUUGGUACACCUGUUACAAAGAGACAAUUUCCAUAUGUGUAAAGCAAGGCUUAUCACUCUGGCUUAAAGAUGCACUCUUACUCCAAAAUGAGAUUUAACAAUUGCUUUAAUAUAUCAAAAAGGAUGAAAACAUGUCGAAAACAAUGAUUCUUAUGAAGGGUACCAAGUUUAAUUUAUAAGAAAUGUGCAGAAAACAUGGUUUUGCUACCUAAUGAGACCAUAGUAAAUCUUUGGGCAUUCACCAAUUAUUUAAUAUUUUUGCGUUUUCAGCUUUUAAAUACAGUUAUAAUACUGUUAUUAGUAAUUAAUAUUUUCCAUAAAUGCAUUAUUUAGUAAGUAGUUGAGGGUGUAUCACUCCAAAUUUAUGUAUGUUUAACAUGUGUAUGUAUUGAUUUUGAAUAACAGUGUCACUUUAAAUAAUUGUUGAGUUAUAUGGCUUAAAUAAUUGUUGAGUUAUGUCCCUUUUUCAACUGAAAAACAACAGACUGGUGUAAGUGUAAGCUCCCCAGGACUCUUGUUCUUGUACACUGGGACAGUAUAUGACAUAUUAUUUAUCUGUAAAACAUAUAUAUACUGAAUAAAGGCUAUUUUAUUGAUAAGUUUAUAAACUAGAAAAUGUGUUUUUUAAUGCCC